CGGGGAUUUGAGGUGACCAGGUUUAGGUGGAUGGACCCCAAAUUUCCAUCUGGGCCCCAUCCCUAACCACUUAGGUUCUCUGGGGCCCGUUGGUGUCCAGAAGAAAUGAUUGGCUGGGAUGCAUCUGGUUCUCUGCCAACGGGAAGAACCACCCAGGGAUGGAGGCGUGGGCCCACAUCGCUCGCAAGUCCCUCCCGCCCGUGACAGGGACGAGGAGGAAUCUGGGGGAGGAGACGGGGCAAGAAGGCCACCACCCAAGCCUGAGGGUUCAGUGGCCACAUGACCCCAGACAGAUCGCCGCCCCUGGCCCAGCGUUUCUGCCACCACAACCUGGAUAAAGUGGUGGCAGCAGGCCUGGGCCUGGGCCCGGACCCGGUCAUGUCUGCUGGGGCCACCAGGCCAAAGCGGGAAAGCUGUGCUUACCCCAGUGUGCGUGUGGAAAAGUUAAAGGAGUGACUGACCAUCGGCAUUAAAUGACCAUGGGUCAAAUCAUCAGCCUCGAUUUCCUGAUGUCCACCAACGCUGACGCCCCGGAUGCUGCCGAUGCUGCUGACUCUCCAGAAGCUGCUGAUGCUCCCGACUCUCCAGAUCUUGCCGAUGCUCCCGAUACUGCCGACGCUCCAUAUUCUCACGACUCUGCCGAUGCUGCCGUUGCGCCAGAUUCUCCUGACUUUGAUGACUCUCGGGAUGCUCCCGACUUUGCGGACGAUCCCGAUGCUCCGGAUUCUCCCGACAUUGCCGACUAUCGGGAUGCUCCCAACUUUGUCGACACUCCAGAUGCUCCGGAUUCUCCCGAUUUUGCUGACACUGCCGUUGCUCCGGAUUCUCCCACCUUUGAAGACUCUCGGGAUGCUCCCGACUUUGCCGACGCUCCCGUUGCUCUGGAUUCUCCCGACUUUGCCGACUCUCGGGAUACUCCUGACUUAGCCGACACUCCCGGUGCUCCAGAUUCUCCCAACUUUGCCGACUCUCGGGAUGCUCCUGACUUUGCCGACACUCCCGGUGCUCCGGAUUCUCCCGACUUUGCCGACUCUCGGGAUGCUCCUGACUUUGUCGACACUCCCGGUGCUCCGGAUUCUCCCGACUUUGCUGACUCUCGGAAUGCUCCCAACUUUGCCGACGCUCCCGAUGCUCCGGAUUCUCCCAAUUUUGCCGACUUUCGGGAUGCUCCCGACUUUGCCAACGCUCCCGAUGCUCCAGAUUCUCCUGACUUUGCCAACGCUCGGUAUGCUCCUGAAUUUUCCGAUGCUCCCAACUUUGCUGGCAGUCUGGAUGCCUCCAACUUUGCCGGCAGUCUGGAUGCCUCCAAGUUUGCCAGCGCUUCCAGCCUUGCGGAUGCUCCCGGUGGCCCGGAGGCUGCUGCAGCUGCGGGUGGCCCCGCUCGGUCCAAGAGCCCAGACCGUGCCAUUGACAACCGCCACACCACCCUAACUGAACUGGACGAGGUGGUCUCCGCCAGCCCCCAAGGGGCAAAGAAGUACCAAGGGCCUGCCUGUGUGCUCACUAUCCCGAAGACGGAGGAAUUGACAGAAAUCCUGGUUGAAGAAAGCGCAAGCUCCUUAGAAGAGAGUGUAGUAAAACUGGGGUCCAAGACCCACCUCACCUUCCCGCUGGGCAUCAUCUUCACCACCUUUCUCUACUGCGGGGAAGCCUCCAGCGCGCUCUACAUGGCAAAUAUCUACCGAAAGAACAAGGAUUCAUUCUGGAUGACAUUCACCUUCCUCUUCUUUUUACUGUCAUCCAUCAUGGAUCAGUUUACCCUCGUUUUCAUCCACCGGGAUUUGGCCAAAGAUAAGCCCCUCAUGGUGUUCACACACCUUCUACUCUUGGGACCGAUUUUCAGAUGCCUAGAGGCCAUAAUUAUGUACCUUAAUCUGGGGAAGAAGGUGGAGGAGGAACCCUACGUCGGCAUCAUCCGCAAGAGAUUGUUCUACGACGGCAUGGAAGAGUUGGUAGAAUGGGAGGUUGGCCACUCGAUCCGAAUCCUGUCCCAUCACCGCCACGCCUUCAAACGUAUGGCUGUGAUGCAGGCCUACUUGGGCUCGGUGCCCCAACUGACCUAUCAGACCUACGUGACCCUCAUAUCCAACGAAUUACCUCUUCCAAGAGCGGUGCUGAUCGGCUUCUCCCUGGUUUCGGUGACCUUCGGGUCCACCCUGUCCACCACGUUGACCCUCCAGAUCAAGUACGACGAGUACAAGACCCGCCUGGGGUUUUGGCAGUUCGUCUGCAUAGUCACCUGGCGGACCCUGGAGAUCAUCACCCGCCUGGCCAUCCUCGUGGUCUUCUCCCUGUCCAUGAAGCUCAUGGCGCUACCCUUCAUCUUCGUAAACUUCCUGGCCACUCUCUUCGAGCCCUGGGUGCGCUUCUGGAUGAGCGGCGCCAAGUUGCCCGUGAUCGAGCGGACGCUGACCUGCGUGGGCACCACGGUGGUGCUGAUCACCGUCACGGUCAUCCAUACCGGCAUCAACUAUUUCAGCUGGUCCGCCAUGCAGCUGCGGCUGGACCAGCCGGAGCUGAUGAAGACCACGCCGGGUUGGGGCGCCAUGAUGUUGCACUACAGCAUCCGGCUGGUGGAGGACAUCACCCUGGUAACCAUCUGGCUGGUCCGGCCCGAGAAAGUGCUGGCCCUGCAGAACCUCUGCCGCCCCUACAUCGCCGUGCAGCUCCUGGUCGGCCAGCUGCUCUCCUUCGUCCUCCUGCUCUUUUUCUUCCAGUACCUGCAUCCGUUCCGCGCUCUCUUCCCCGAGUCCAUUUCCGAGUACAUCCACAGAAAGUGCCGCUGGCCCUGCUGGGCUAGGGCGAGGAACCCGGCCCCUCGGGACGGCGUGGUGUGACUCGCCCGCCCGGGGAAGCUCCUCCGGGGUGGCUGUCGGAGUUGUGACUGGAAGCGUCCUUGACGGGUGGAAGAAAGGAGCCCCCUUCUCGUUCCAGCAGCCGUCUCGAGUGUUGCGUCGCUUGCCGGUGGAUCCGUCUUGGUGGGGUUUCGGGGGUGGGCACCCCCCUUCCCGUGGGGGGUUCAGGGUUGGGAGCCGCCAAGACUCCGCCAGUCGGUCCCUAGGCACCAACCUUGGGUGGGGGUGACCCAAAGCCAGGGGAGCCAUUGUGUCCCAGAAUCCGCUUUGCCGUUCAGCCCCGAAGAUGGGGGUGGGCUCCCGGGGCUUCUCAGAGCUGGAUGGGGACGUUCGGCUGAAAGGGGAGCUGCCAUCGCUCCCCUCCCUGCUUAACUCCCACCCACUGGGCAGAGGGUACCCAACUGAAAGCUGCAGGGGUGACUGGGGAGCCCCUCUUGAGCCAGAGGUUCCUGGGUCCCCGACCUGCUAGGGAAAAUUGGGGACAAGGCUAGGGUCCCUCUCCCAACUUCCAGGCCCCGGUAGCCAGUCGGGGACUCUUUGUGUCCCUGUGGGACCAAGCAUUGUCUGAGCUCCGACUGGGCCCUAGCGCUAGACCCAGGCGAGCUCGGAAACUCGGGUCGGGGUGCUCUCCAAUUCUGCCAAGCACCCGGGGUGGAAAGGUCGAGACCUUUCGCCGGCCUCAGGGGCCAGAAUGAAGGCUUCCAUCUCCUGAAAGUGUCAGCCCCGUGGAACCCCACCUCCCCGGGAGCCCCCCGACUCUCCAUGGUGAAAAGUUUCUAUGGUCCACAGGAGCCUUAGGGAUCCCUUGCCUGCAGGGUUUUCCAGCUCUGGGAGCAAGGCCAUUGUUUUCUCCCCCAACCUUUUCGGUAGGAAUCCCAGCUUCCCUCGGCCUAGAUCUCCAACGGGACCGGAGGGCUUCUUAGCCUGGCUGAAGAGACCCUCCCGAAUCAGGUCUUUCCGACUCAUUCAGUUUUGGAAGCCUGCCUGCCAAAUCCCAAACUUCAGAGCCCGUCCCACGUGCUCUCCUUUCAAAUGUUCUGCCCCACUUUCACUCCCUCACAUAAUGAAAAGGGGACACUGGGCUCACAGAACUGAAUUUUAAUUAGGGCCACGUGCGGGCUAGGUGGAAAUCUAAAAAUCAAUUAGAAUUGGCUAUAAAAUAAAA